AUGAUUAACAAUUACGAUAUUUCCUUCAUCAUAGAACCAGUCGAUAAAAGAGGGGGACUUUUCCAAGGUUCCAUUAUUACUGCAACAAACAUGAAUGCAUUAAAUUAGCACAAUAUCACAUGUGUUCUCUCUGUCUGUUCUGAAUUUAGUAACCAUUCAUUUUAACUCAGAAAUUUAAUAUGGCCCAGAGAUCAACAAUCUAAUAUUAGACUGCCAUGAUACUCCUCUCUUUGAUAUGACUCCACUUUUUGAAUAAGCUCAUGCUUAUUUAGAAUCAUCCAGACAAUACACUAAUGUUUUAGUCCAUUGUCAUGCUGGCAAAUCAAGAUCCACUGCCAUUGUUGUUUCUUAUUUGAUGAAGAAAAGAAACCUUAAUCUAGAAUAAGCCUUAAUCUAUGUUAAAUACUAAAGACCUAUUGCCUCUCCCAAUCCAGGUUUCAUCAAAUAACUCUUAUUAUAUGAGCAAAACCUUUAUGGUAGAAUUACCUCCAAUUUAACAGAAUCAAUUACUCCCUAUUUCUAAAUAUAACAAUAAUUAUAAGCAAUAUCACCUACUAAUACACCUUCAAAAUAAAGAACUUCCAUUUAAGUCUUAGAUAACUAUUCUGAUACAAAAAGACAACCUUUAAAUUCUCCAGUUAGAUCUGUUCCUACUAGUUUCCCAUUCAUCGUUUAAUCUCCUCCCUAAUAAAAAUCAUAAAUUAAUCAAGAAUAACAAUAAUUUACUACACCUUAAAUCUAAAAAAAUCCUAAUUAAAAUGCUUUUUCAUUUCAACAACCCAUUUCUAUACCAUUUACUGUACCAAUAUCUAAGGAAAUUGUUUCAGCAGUUAAAAAAAAUAAUGAAUAAUAAAAAGUAGAGUGA